AUGGACAAUACACAAAACAGCGUAAAUGAAGAAUAUGAUCCAUACCAGCAUCGUAAGGUCGUGAAUCCCAUGAGUAAUUUCGAAGUUUACAUCAGCCUGCUGAAGGCCUCCAUCGGCAUUGGCUGCUUGGCCAUGCCCAAAGCCUUCCAAGCGGCUGGUUGGCUGAACGGCCUGAUCAGCACCGCCUUGAUCGGCGCGAUCGUUAUAUUCGCGCUGCAUGUGUUGUUGCGUGGCAUGUACGAGCUGAGCAAGCGGAAGCGUGUGCCGCGUUUGAACUAUCCAGACUCGAUGGCGUUUGCGCUGGAGUCGGGACCGAAAUGCUUGCGCUUCUUGAGCGAAAGUGUGCGCUCGACAAUCGACUUCGUAUUGGCGUUCUAUCAUUUUGGCGUCUGCUGCGCUUACGUCGUCUUCAUUGCCGACAAUCUGAAAGAGUUGCUCGACUUUUAUGGCUACGAAAUCGACACACGCUUUUAUAUCUUCGCACUAUCUUUACCUUUGUCGGCGAUUUAUUUUGUGCGCGAUCUGCGGAAUCUGGUGCCGUUCAAUGCGUUUGCCGAUGCCAUGAUUUGCUUUAGUUUCAUCAUUAUAUUCGCUUACAUUUUCACGGGAUUACCUGCAUUGGCCGAGCGAAGUGCUUUUGGUGACUUGAAAUCGUAUCCGCUAUUCUUCGGCACGGUGCUCUUUGCCAUCGAAUCUGUUGGCGUGAUCAUAUCCGUUGAAGCUAAAAUGAAAUCGCCGAAGGAUUACUUAGGUUUAAAUGGCAUAUUGAAUAUGGGCUUAGUCACCUCUCUAAUAUUAUAUGUAUUAAUUGCAUUUUUCGGCUACUGGCGCUAUGGUGAGAAAGUCAAGGACAGCAUCACCUCAAAUCUACCGAUGGAGGAUUUCUUCCCUCGCUUGGCCCGGUUAAUGUUUGCAGUUGCCAUAUUUUUAUCGUUUGCACUACAAGGUUACAUAACCAUCGAGGUGUGUUGGCGGCGCUACUCGGAAUAUAUGAAUUUGAAGCCUUCGCACCCCUUGGAGUACGUGCUACGUAUCGCCAUUGUGCUGGGCGCGGUGCUCGCCGCCGUUAUGAGUUCACAUCUGGCAUUGAUACUCUCGCUCGUUGGCUCCUUCUCGCUCUCCUAUCUGGGCUUGAUCUUCCCCGGUUUGAUGGACUUUUGCUUGCGCUACGGCCAGGGUUUUGGACCCUACAAGAUCUACUUGUGGCAAGAUAUGGCUUUGAUGGUCUUUGGCUUUAUCGGCGGCGCUAUAGGCACUUGGUUCUCGCUCAGCGACCUCUAUGCAAAUUACCAACUACAGCAAUGA